AUGAGUAGAACUAAAAUUGAAAACUGAGAAGAAAAAGAGUUGUCCCAUCCUUUGAAUAAGCCGCUAACUUCUAGAAGGUCCUUUGAAGGGCCUGUUAUGCACAGGAGAUGCAGUGAUGGAAGCUGCCUCAUUAUAUUUUUGGUUUGCAAUCUUGGGCUUGUAGCAAUUAUAAUUUACAGUAAUUUUUAUUUAAGGCUUGUAUGCAGGAAACCAGAAAUUAUUAACUGCCCCUUAUGAUUUCAGGGCAAGUUUGUGUGGAGAAGGAAAUUUAUCUAAAGAAAGUUAUGGAUUUUUUGUUAAUCCUUUAGAGACUACAAAUAUCGUUGUAUGCUUAAGUGGAUGCCCUGCUUACACUGUAGAAUAUGGAGUUUGCUUGUACGAUACUGAUUUAUCAAUAGACAUAAAUCAAUGCUUUUCUACAUAUCCUUCAAAGCCAUAUAAAAAUAAAUAUUGUAUACCUGCAGAAAAAGACAAGAGAAAAAAAGUUUAUGAGUUCAUUGAUGAUAGAAACAUUGAGAAUUGAGCAGGGGACAUAGUUAGAUCUUGGGAUUUGCUACUUUUAAGUGGCAUUUUCACAAGUAUUCUAGGAACCCUUUGAUUAAUAGUCUUCAAGGUAAAAUUAGGAUUUUUGAGGGUAUUGAUAUACCUAAAUUUGGCUUUAUUUUUUGUAUUAAUUGAAGGACUAUCUUAUGAAAUCUUUAAAGAAGGGGAUCGAGAAGAAGAUCGAUUGUGUGAAGAUAAAGGCCCUGUUGUGAUGGAAAGUUGCAGUUUUGAUCAUUUAAAUCGCUGGAGAAUAUCUUCGUAUGUUUUAGGAAUUUUAGGGCUUAUAUGGUUUUUUAAUUUGAUUUUUUGCAAUGACACUAGAAGUGCAUGAAAUUUAUUGAAAUUUGGAAAUUUAGCACUAGUGAAGCAAGUAGUUCCUCUACUCAUUCCGUUUUUUGGAUCUAUUUUUGCUCUAUUCUUUUUUUGCGCAAUUUGAAUUUUAGUAACAUUUGGUCUUAGCUUAGCUGAUUAUGAAAUUAUAGAUGAAAAUUUAGUAAUCGGUGGUCAAGUUAAAGAAGUUACCUAUAAUCCAUAUAUAAGGCUUGCAACUCUUACUCAAACAAGUUCAUAUUUUUUCAACAAAAGUGGUAAUUCAUAUAAAAAAAAUUUUAUAUGAAUCUCAUAAAACUGGCUUAAUCCCAAUAAAUGUUAAAAUAAAUAAGUAUUAAAUAAAGGAAGUUAGUGGAUUAUUAAUCUGCCUAUGAUGGCUGAGUUUUAUAUCUCACUUAAUUCAAAUGCUGGGAAAUGGACUUGCAUGCUUUCAUUAUUUUUCUUACUCCUUGCUAUUUCUUGACCGAACGACAGAACAUUGAUUUCCUAAAAUUUGAAAAUUAAUCCUAUCUUUGAUCAAACGAUUUUCAUAUAGAAACCCUCCCAGCCUAAACCGAACUAUUUAUGUUUGAUAGUAGCAAAUAUGAUACUAUACCCUGUGAUCGCUUCUAGGCAGCUCUAAUGCGAUUAUAGUAGAUUUACUAAUAUAUUGCAUACUUUCUCUUAUGAUUAGCGCAUGAUAUAUUUUAUAAGAAAAAUAUUUUUAAUAUUUUGAAAAAAAUAAAUCAAUGAUUUUUCCAACAUUAAAAUUGAUUUUUACAUAUCAUUUGGGAACUAUUUGCUAUUCUUCCGUUCUUCUUCCUGCUCUUUCUUCUCCAAGAAGCACAUUGAGUGGCUUAAAAAGAGACUUAAAGGCAAGGGAAAAUUGCUUAUCAAACUUUUUGCUAUUUUUAUAUUCCCCAAUGUUUGCUUGCCUUGAAUCUUGACUAAAAUAUUAUACAGAGAUAUUUUAUUCUUUCCAAAUCCUAUGAGGAAAUGAUUUUAUGAAUUCUUCCAAGCAAUCAUAUUUCUUAACUAGGAGGAAUAAAGGUCGCCAAGAUUCAAUGAUGCUAAGUCUAAGCAAGCUGACAUUUCAAAUACAAAUAAACUUAUUUUUAAUCCCAUCUGUUUUAGUUAUACUUUGAAUUCAUUAUAGGGAUGAAACAAUAAAUGGAGAAUAUACAAGAUAUAUUGGGUCGAUUGUUUUUCCUAUUUCUUUUGGAUGCUUAAUUGGAGGAUUUAUUAGCCAAUUAUAUGGAGGUUUUAUUCGAGGCAUCAUUAAUGGUACAAUAAUAAGCUAUUUAUGCGAAUUUGAGAUGAUUGCUCCAGAAGAUCGAUUAUGCCCAACAGAAUUUGCCCAAAUAAUUAGCAAUUUUGAAUCGUCAGAACUAGAUAAAACAAAAAUUGAAAGCUCUCCAAUAAAACUUGGUGAAAAGGAAGCAAAUAUGGAUGAGAGUGAGCUUAUUGACGAAAUGGGAGAUUUCCAGAAAAGAAAUAAUGACAGAGAUUUUGAAAAUAUUAUAAGUUUUGAAGAUCUCAGACAAAGCAUCACAUUGAAAGAGCCAAAAAGAGAUAUGGAAAUCGUUGAAGAUUUAGAAGAGGAUUAUAAGCCAGUUUUUACUGAAAGAAAAAAGAAUUCUGGUUUUGAACAUUUCUCUCAAAAUCUAAUUUUUCGUUCAUAG